UCUCUGUGAGCCAUAAACAUAAUAAAAGCUGAGGCCAUUUCUAACAUAAUCUCUAUCAGCAAGAUGCCAGCGCUUUUCCAGAUUUCCUAACGGGUCCCUGCUAAUUCCAUGCCAAAACUAGCAGUGGAUUUCUUCCUUUUAAUCUCCCCUAAUGCCUUAUUCGAUUAUUGUCACUGCUCUACGACCGCGCACCGUCCCUUCAAACCCUAAUUCCCCCCUGGAACAGUCAGAUGCGGCUGAACGGCGGUGGCGAAUCUGAAGGACGCGCACGGCCACAGACACCCCCCACCUCCCCGCCCGAGGCAGAGGGCGGCCGAGGACCACGGGGAAGGGGGUGAGCCCGCCGGACUCUCCCAUAUCCUCACCCGGCGGGGCCCCGGGCCAAGAGGGGAAGAAAGGAUGAGCCCCGGCACUCGCUCCAGUUGUCGGGUCUGAGGGCACCUGAGCGUCCUCGCACAUACGUGAGGCAUGGCUCUGCUUAUCGCCUGGGUGUGCGUCGCUGUGAGCAUAGAGAAGGCGCUGGGCGGCCCGGGCGACGGGGCGGACCUCUUUUCGGAAAACAUCACUCGGAUCCUCGACAAGCUGUUGGACGGCUACGACAACAGGCUCCGGCCGGGCGUCGGAGGAGCCGUGACAGAAGUCAAAACGGACAUCUACGUGACCAGCUUUGGGCCGGUGUCCGACGUGGAGAUGGAAUACACAAUGGAUGUCUUCUUUCGGCAGACAUGGACUGAUGAGAGGCUGAAGUUUAGUGGACCAACUGAAAUUUUGAGAUUGAACAAUUUAAUGGUCAGUAAAAUUUGGACACCAGACACAUUUUUUAGAAAUGGAAAAAAAUCAAUUGCUCAUAAUAUGACAACUCCUAACAAACUUUUCAGAAUUAUGCAGAAUGGAACUAUUCUUUACACAAUGAGACUAACGAUUAAUGCUGAUUGUCCUAUGCGGUUGGUGAACUUCCCAAUGGAUGGACAUGCUUGUCCAUUGAAGUUUGGAAGCUAUGCUUAUCCAAAAAGUGAAAUAAUUUAUACAUGGAAAAAAGGACCCCUGCAUUCAGUAGAAGUUCCACAAGAGUCUUCCAGUCUCCUGCAGUAUGACCUCAUAGGACAAACUGUAUCUAGUGAAACAAUCAAAUCUAACACAGGUGAAUAUGUAACCAUGACAGUUUAUUUCCACUUGCAAAGGAAGAUGGGCUACUUCAUGAUACAGAUAUAUACUCCAUGCAUUAUGACAGUCAUUCUUUCUCAGGUGUCUUUCUGGAUUAACAAGGAGUCUGUUCCAGCCAGAACAGUUUUUGGAAUCACUACAGUUCUAACAAUGACGACAUUAAGCAUCAGCGCACGCCAUUCUUUGCCCAAGGUGUCCUAUGCUACUGCCAUGGAUUGGUUCAUAGCUGUGUGCUUUGCCUUUGUCUUCUCUGCACUUAUUGAGUUUGCAGCUGUCAACUACUUUACCAAUCUUCAGACUCAGAGAGCAAUGAGGAAGGCAGCCAGGGCAGCAGCACUGGCAGCAGCACUAUCAGCAGCAACUGUACCGGCAGAGGACGAGAUUGUCUCGCAUUCUGACUCCAAUUGUAACCUGAAGAAGCGAGUAAACUCCACAACAUCUCAGGCAGAUCAAUCUCCCGAAACCAGCAUAAUAUCAAAUAGUGCAUCCCAGUGUCAAUCAGUGUCUGUUCUGGCACCAGCGCCGCCACCACCACCACCGCCUAUCGGAGGCACCAGUAAAAUAGACCAGUAUUCUAGGAUUCUCUUUCCAGUGGCAUUUGCAGGAUUCAACCUGGUAUACUGGGUCGUUUAUCUUUCAAAAGACACUAUGGAAUUUUUUGAACCUACUGCAAUGCAUCUUCGAAAUGACCAUCAGUCCAACUGAAGAACAGCUCAAGGUUUGAAAGAAAUCACUGAAGGUCGUGUGGGGUUGAAGGGACUUCAAAGGAUUUAUCUAUCCACAGGUGCUCUCAAUUUUCAAACAGGGAAUAUUUAUAUUGGACAUCACCUGGAAACAAACUGUGGACAAAUCAAAAAGAUAGAAAUUGCACAGGGUUCUAACAAUAUUUUCUUCAUAUUUCUUACAUUAAUUUUACUAUAAAAGUUGUUAAAUUAUUUUGUUCCGUUGUCAAAGAAAUGAAUGUGUAUUUGUUCUAAUGCUGUUAUAAACAAUUGAAUGUUUACAAGAUAUAAAACGUCAAUAACAGGAUUAUAUUUUUAAAAUACAAUGAGCAUUGCUAAAAUAAGCCUGAUUCUGAACUGGUAUAACUUGGCAUGAUUUCACCGAAAGGUUAGGAGCUGCACUGAUUUGCAGCACCUGAAAUUGACCCAAAAUAAUGUUAAGAAAUCCCAUCAAAGGGAGCUGCAAUCUCAUCAUGUUUUCAUCACCCUUUUGUAGAAAAGAUAAAUGAAUUCUGAUUUUCAUCUCCUUUAGUUUGAGAUAAUACUUACAAAGGACAAGAUGUAAGAAAAAAGGAAAUAGAAACUGUUGUUUAGAUGUACUUUAGAUGGUUAGCUAUGAUACUGUAACUUUUUUAGGUGAGAGCGACCAUGGAAGUAGAACCAGACUAAUAACAAGCAUCUAGAAAUGCAGGACUGAUGUGUCAGGGAAUUUUCAAGGUCUAAAGCUGAAUAGCCACCCAUCAAGCUAAAUGCAAGCCUCCAGCUCCAGGAAACUUCCUGGAAGCAAGUCUUGAGAGAUAGUUAGGGAACAAGGGGCAUUUUAUCAGCUGAUUCUACUGAACUGCCCAUAGCAAACUCCCUAGAACUUUUUUCCAGAGGCAAAGUACUGUCAGCAUAUUAAGAGUUUAAAGGUAAUAAUAUUUUAAUUUAUUUGUCACUCCCAACACAAAGAGUCACAGGAUUUCUUUCUCAUAUUUCAUAGUCAUAUACCCUUCAUCUCCAUAAUAGUUCUUAAGAAUGUAAUUGGGAAAGAGAUGCCUAAUCAAAUCAAACCCAUGCCAACUUUGUUGAGGUGUGAUGGACACUGGUGGGAGUCAAAAGCAUACAAACAAGUUUUACACACAGCCAAACAAACAUUAAGAACUCCUAUCUUGAAAUUAAUCUUAGUACAUUAAAAUGAAAUUAAUAUUAACAGAAACAUGAAAUGCUGCAUUGAUUUAGGAAAUUCAGGGUCUUUUGCUUUGUCUAAACAAACAUUUUAGUCACUGUGAGAAAAUAUGUAGGGUCUGACUAAUUGACUCCAGUAAGUUGUCAACUGCUUUAUUAGCACUAUAACAAUUUUAACUAUCUGAUGACCUAGCUCCAGCUGCUUUCCUUCUAUUUCAAGAGCAGUAUAUAGCUUUUACUAGUGUGGUAGCUGGACUGAACAUGUGAGAUCACUUUUUGUACUCCCUGUUCUUUAACUCCAAAGAGCUUAGAUGGCGACAAUUUAACUAGACUUGAGUCAAUAAUAACUGUUGUUUGCACAGAAAUACCAUGUUUGCAAUUUGCUUUUCCUGACUGGCUGCAAGCUGGCACACUUGGAUAUAUUUGUAAGUGCACUGAAUUCUUUCUUUAUUUUGCUUUGAAACUAAAAUUGUGACAAUGUUUCCCAUUUUCAGUGUUUAUAUACUGGUUGGUUUUUUUAAAAUUAAAAUAUGGACACUGGACAAAUAUUUUAUAAUUUGUAAAUACAUCUUAUUUUGCAAAAAACAAAUUGCUGUAGGGACACAGGUUAUUUCUCAGUAUAACUAUACUUUUUUUUUUUUUCUGUUUUGGGUACAUUAAUAUCUAUAAGAGUUUUCAGAGUUUAAAAGUGGUUUAUACGCAAAAUGAAAAUGUUUAAAAACUAUAGGACAAAAAAGUGACACUGAAGAAGCUAAAUUUUGUAUCUGAUCUUUGUUUAAAAGAAAUCUAAAUGUAAAUUUUACAGCAGGUGCAGAGUGAGUUACUAAAUGCUAUU